AUGGGUAGCAUAUAUGUUAGAAAUUUCGUUUUCGACGCUUUUUUGGUUGGAGGAUGGUUGAUUUUCCUGAAAAGUGGAUAUGUAAAGACAAGUUCUUUUAUUGUUAAAGUAAAAGAGAUAUCAGAUAUAUCUAAUGCUUCUAUUGUCAAUUAUAAGACUGCUGAAUUAUUAGAAAAUAAGCCAAAGAAGACUUUAGAAAAGAUACGCUCUUUAGACUGGUAUCAUAUUGUGAAUUAUUAUAGGAUCCUACCUGAAUUAUUAACUGAAGAAUUUAUCUCAAAAUAUGGGAAUUUCAAUCACAUGAAAUAG